AUGUCUUUCUACCACGACUGCUGCUGCAGUGUCCCCACUGGACCCGCCACCACCAUCUGCUCUUCUGACAAGUGCUGCCGAUGUGGAGUCUGCCUGCCCAGCACCUGCCCACACACCACUUGGCUGCUGGAGCCCACCUGCUGUGACAACUGCCCACCCCCCUGCCACAUCCCUCAGCCCUGUGUGCCCACAUGCUUCCUACUCAAUUCUGCCCAGCCCAGACCAAGCCUGGAGAACCUGGACCUGACCACAUACACCCAGCCAUGCCCCUGUGAGCCCUGUGUCCCCCAGUGCUGA